AUUUUAUAUACUUCUAGCGAAUAACCUCUAACCUCCGUUAAAUCAUUCCACUUUAAUCAAGAAGAAAAAAGAUCAAGUCUUUUAGACAACAUAAAAAUAGUUAGCUAGGAAUGAAGACUAACAAGAAACACUUCGUAUUGGUUCAUGGAUCUUGCCAUGGUGCUUGGUGCUGGUACAAGCUUGUGCCUCUUCUAAAAUUAGCUGGCCUCCAAGUUACUCCUUUAGAUCUUGGAGCUUCCGGUAUCAACACUAAGCAAAUAGAAGGCCUCAGCUUCUUUUCUGAUUAUAUUCAACCAUUAUUCGAAUUCAUGGCUUCUCUUCCUCAAGAAGAAAAAGUUAUCUUAGUUGGUCAUAGCUAUGGCGGCCUUGCUUUGUCUUUAGCAAUGGAGAAUUUUCCAGAGAAAAUUUUGGUUGCAGUUUUUGUAACUGCAUAUUUGCCAAAUUCUAUUGAUCCACCUGCAACUUUAGUACAAGAAUUUUUCAAGAGAACACCAGCAGAAUCACUUUUAGAUUGCCAAUUAAAUUUCCAGGAAGGCCAAGAAAACCUACUAAUCUCAGCUAUUUUUGGGCCUAAAUAUUUGGAAAGCAUGAUGUAUCACAACUGCCAACCGGAGGAUUUGGAAUUAGCUAAAAUGGUAAUCAGGCCUUUCAAAUUUUUCUUAGAAGAUUUAGCCAAAGAAUCUUUGCUAAGUGAAGCCAAAUAUGGAUCCAUAAAAAGGGUUUUUGUAUUGUGCAAGGAAGAUAGAGUGAUGAAAGAGGAAUUCGUGCAAUGGAUGAUUGAAAACAGCCCAGCUGAUGAAGUGAAAAUUAUUGAUGGAGCUGACCAUAUGGUCAUGCUCUCCAAAACACAAGAGCUAUGCAAAAUUUUCCAAGAAAUUGCAGUCAAGUAUCAGAGAUGCAAUUAGAAUAUUAUUUAUUAUUAUAUCCUUCAUUUUUCUUUUCCUUGUUCAUGAUUUGAUAGUUUUUUUUUUUUUUAUUCAUGAGAGAGAUAUGUAAUAGGUAUUUGAAAUAAAAGACUACCAUAGGUAAGUUCAUAACAAAAGGCCAAAAAUUUGUGGAAGUCGUGUUUCAUGUGAAAAGGAAAGAAAAUACACGGCUGCCAUAUUUUGACCUACCCUACAAUAAUUAUAUCUGCAGACAGCGAGGCCAACUGUGAUAUAAUCAUGGAUGCUACCAAGAAAUACGGAGAAAUAAAAUGGAGAAAUCAAAGCACUUUGUUUUGGUUCAUGGGAUUUGCCAUGGAGCCUGGUGCUGGUUCAAGAUUGUUGAGAUGCUCAAGGCAUGCAUCUGGUCACAGAGUCACAGCUCUGGAUCUUUGUGGCCUCCUUGCCUGAAGAAGAAGAAGAAGAAGAAGAAGAGAAGGUGAUAUUACUGGGUCAUAGUUAUGGAGGCAUGGGCAUUUCUCUACCCAUGGAAAGUAAUUUUAAUUGGGUCAUAAUAAAAAAAAUUAUAAUAAUUUUGAAAUGAUAAAAUAAAUUGUUUUUAUAUUUUUUU